AUGGCGUCCGAACACAACCCCUUUCGCAAGAAGUUUGCAUCCACCUCGUUGUCAUCUCCGACGCCUCAGCCUGUGACGACCUCGGCCUUCCUGCAGUCAAUCACGUCCGGCAUCUCGCGUCAGAACGCUCCCUCGCCCCCUGAGCCGCGACCAGCGAAACAAAAAGUCGUCAAGAAGGUCAGGGUGCUGUCGCCGCCGCCCUCGUCCCCUUCCUCUCCCGAAUCCGAACACAGCAGAGGCUUCGGUCGUCGGGACGACAGCAGCGAUGACGACUCGCAGGACGAAGAUGACCACUUUUCCAAGCGCUUUCCCGAGCUUCCCGGCGGCUUGCCCGAAGCUGCGCCGCUUCGUAUUGCCAACGCAAACAACACUCCCGACAACCCCUUUGGCAAGACGUUGCAGGGCUUGGAGGGCUUGACUGAUGGGAACGCCUCAUCGCCCGCAGCCGGCAAGUCUAUGGAUGUGAAUGCGUUCAAAAUGCUGCUGCUCACCGGCCAGGCUGGUGCCGGAACACCGCCCCCGCAAAGGCCACAAGCGCAGUACGACAAGACUGCGGGCUUGCACACUGAUGCAUCUUAUACUGUCCCCGAGCUGGACACACCUCGGACAUCACAGGAUAUUGCGGAUCGCCAUGCAGAGGACCAGCGCUCCUUGCUAACCUCACCCACGGUUGCAAAGAAGAAGCCGCCUCCCCCGAGCUCAAGGCAUGGCAGGAAGAUCAGUGCCCAAACACCCGAACGUCCGCACCUCUCUUCUGGGACGGCGUCGCCCAUAUCCCCAUCCGACACAAACAAACCCCUCCCACCGGCCCCCAGCAGCCACGGUGUCGAUGGGGCGGAGGACAUUUUUGCCCGAGAGGCCGCUGGUAAGGUUCCGGAGCAGGACUCCCCCACUCCAAGCACGACGCCCUUCACCCCGGCUCUUCCGGCGACUGGCAAAAAGCCCACGCCUGCCCCGCCGCCACGGCGGGGUCACGCACGGAGCCAGUCCAUGACUGUUUCGGCCGGGGCGAAUCCUCCGAGCACCGCUGGCGACGACGCCGACACGCCGCCUCGCUCGUCUAUGGAGUCGCAGCGAUCACGGUCAGAGAGCUUUCGGAGCAUCAACGCCCCGGCUCCACCACCUCCCCGACGCCCGCAUGCUUCACACCGCCAGUCUUUCCAGCUGGCUUCGCCAUCCAACGCAUCCUUCUCCGCUGUCAGCCCAGCUCCGUCUGAUCCUGAGAACCCUCUACAGGCUGCAGGGAACGCCAUUCCCAAGAUCUCCCCGCCGCCGCCACCACCAGCGCGCAACACAUCUACUCGUCGGCCCCCAAGCCUCAGAAGCAUUGAAGCCCCCAGUAGGAAAAUCAGCAGCAGCGGCGGCAAGGAGAAUGCCACUCCACCUCCGCCGCCGCCGCCGCGCCAAAGAGGAAGCAGCCGCGGAAGCAUGGAUGGAUACGGCAUACGGAGGACGAGCAUCGACAGCACCAGGGCCAUGGGCAGCAACGUACCAGAGGAGCCUGCGGCAGAGGAAAAGGCACAGGACUAUGCCGCGGCAGAUUUCGGGAAGGCAGCGGACAUUCUCGCCGAUUUGGACGCGCUGCAGAGAGAGGUUGAUGCUCUGAGGGCAGCGCAGGGUAAAUAA